CACCGCGUAAUUAAACUCCCUUCGCUCUCUUUCUCCAAAGAUCUCUCAUUUCACAAUAGAUCAUUUCUCGUUUUUCUCUUCGGUCAUCGAGUCGCGAAGACUAACAAAGGCGCUGCCUUCUUUAACACGAAUCCGACCUCCAUUAAAGCAAACCAACAACCCCUUUUUGUCUUUUCUCAUUCAGAGAAGAAGACCGGCAUCGCCGACGGAGGAUUUCUUUUUAUAGCAAUUUGUUUGAUUUUGAUCCCUUUUUCAAGAAUUUAGUUUCGUUCUGAUUUGAUUGAUCUUAGAAGUGGAAGACCCACUUGCGAAAAUUGGUAAUUUGUUAAAUUUAAUCAUCUGGGAUUGCCUUAUAUGGAACUUCAAAAAUCGGGUUUCAGUUUGUUUUUAGGGUUUCUUCUUAUUUUGCUGUCGUUGGUGCCACUGUCUGUGGCCAGGUUCGUGGUUGAAAAGAAUAGCUUGAGGGUUACAUCGCCCGAUGGUUUGAAAGGUACCUACGAUAGUGCCAUUGGGAAUUUUGGGAUUCCUCAAUAUGGAGGUAGCAUGUCGGGGACUGUGGUCUUUCCGAAGGAGAAUCAGAAGGGUUGCAGAGAGUUCAGCGAUGCUGGGAUUUCGUUCCAAUCGAAACCAGGAGCUCUCCCUACGUUUGUUCUGGUUGAUCGGGGAGAUUGUUUCUUUGCCUUGAAAGUCUGGAAUGCGCAGAAGGCUGGUGCUUCUGCAGUUCUUGUUGCAGACAACAUAGAGGAAAGAUUAAUAACCAUGGACUCCCCUGAAGAGGAUGGUUCUACCGCAAAAUAUAUUGAAAACAUAACAAUACCCUCUGCACUUAUUGAAAAAAGUUUUGGUGAAAAACUGAAAAAAGAGAUCAGUUCUGGUGAGAUGGUCAGUGUGAGUCUUGAUUGGAGGGAAGCUGUACCUCACCCUGAUGAUCGUGUGGAAUAUGAAUUGUGGACUAACAGUAAUGAUGAAUGUGGUGUUAAGUGUGACAUGCUGAUGGAAUUCUUGAAGGAUUUUAAAGGUGCAGCCCAGUUACUCGAAAAGGGUGGCUACUCGCAGUUCACACCACAUUAUAUAACUUGGUAUUGUCCACAAGCAUUCAUUCUAAGCAAGCAGUGCAAGUCCCAAUGUAUCAAUCAGGGGAGGUAUUGUGCUCCUGAUCCUGAACAAGAUUUCAGUUCUGGAUAUGAAGGGAAAGAUGUGGUGAUUGAAAACUUGAGGCAGCUAUGUGUUUUCAAGGUGGCUAAUGAAACUCAAAAGCCUUGGAUGUGGUGGGACUAUGUGACAGAUUUUCAGAUCAGAUGUCCAAUGAAGGAUAAAAAGUACAACAAGGAAUGUGCUGAUGACGUUAUUAAGUCUCUUGGGCUUGAUGGUAAAAAGAUAGAGAAGUGCAUGGGGGAUCCAAAUGCAGAUACUGAAAAUCCAGUUUUGAAAGAAGAGCAAGAUGCCCAAGUAGGGAAAGGAUCCAGAGGGGAUGUUACCAUAUUGCCUACACUUGUUGUCAAUAAUCGACAAUAUCGAGGAAAAUUGGAGAAGGGUGCAGUUCUGAAGGCCAUAUGUUCAGGUUUUGAGGAAACAACUGAACCUGCCAUUUGUUUGAGUAGUGAUGUUGAGACCAACGAAUGCUUAGAUAAUAAUGGUGGUUGCUGGCAAGAUAAAGCAGCUAAUCUAACAGCUUGCAAGGAUACUUUUCGUGGGAGGGUGUGUGAAUGCCCACUUGUUGAUGGUGUGCAGUUCAAAGGAGAUGGUUACACAACUUGUGCCGGUACUACCAGCGGGGCUGCAAGGUGCAAAAUUAAUAAUGGAGGAUGUUGGCAUGAGACCCGGAAUGGACAUACAUUCUCUGCUUGUACGGACGACGGCAAUGUGAAAUGCUCAUGUCCUCCCGGGUUUAAAGGUGAUGGUGUCAAAAGCUGCGAAGAUAUAGAUGAGUGCCAAGAGAAGAAGGCCUGUCAGUGCCCUGAAUGUAGCUGCAAAAAUACCUGGGGUAGCUACGACUGCAGUUGCAGUGGUGAUCUUUUAUAUAUCAGAGACCAUGAUACUUGUAUAAGUAAGGCGUCUAGCGGAAGAUCUGCCUGGACUGCUGUUUGGGUUAUUUUGAUAGGCUUGGUUAUGGCUGCUGGUGGAGCAUACCUUGUGUACAAAUACAGAUUGAGGUCAUACAUGGAUUCAGAAAUCAGAGCUAUUAUGGCUCAGUACAUGCCUCUUGACAGCCAAGCCGAAGUUCCGAACUAUGUCAAUGAGAAUCGUGCUUAAGAAGGAAGAGGAUAUAUUAGGAAUCUGUAGAUGAUUGCACACAAUGGAGUGGAGUGGUCUAUCACGUCAAAUACAGUCGUAAUCCAGGAGUUUCGAACAUAGAUGUUUGCAUUCUUGUAAUAUAUGACAAUAAACGAUAAGGGUUUUGAAUUUGACAUGUUAUUGUUAGACUAUAACAUGCUGAGGAGUUCUCUGUUGGAUUUUUAUUUGGGCAGUUGCAGAGGACUCGUGUGAUUUAACUUAUGAUGUCUUUUGGAUGGGCGAAGCAUCAUGUCACCACUGUAGUUUGUCGUUGAGGAAGUCAAAUGGUUAUGUAAUUUAGUUGCACUAUAAAUGUCAAAGGUUUAAAUUGUAAACUUUUCAUGUUUGUUUUA